CCUUCAUCUGGCGGCUCAUUCGACGUCUUACGAAAAUUGAGCAAAUAAUAUCGUUGGCAUUUUGAAAGACAGUCAAUUUGGAUUAUCUAUUUAUAGUUGGCUCCCUAUAAACAUAAAAUAAAUUUUGUGCAUAUUUCGAUUCCAUUAGUCCUACAACCACGAAUCUUUGCUCGUAUCCUUGCUUGGAUUUAAUAAUUUCUCCUGAAUAGAUUUUUGUACGAACAAAUGUAUGAUUUCUCCCAUCAAAUCGCCAAAAUCGUGAAUCUGGUGCAUCAACUUGUAUAGGAUGAGCCUGAGGUCUGUGUGGUUGAUUUUUACCAAACGCUCCGUAUAAAUCAGCCAUUGCAACAAUAUUGUGCGGAGUACUUAGCGUUGAAUAUCGUGUUGCGUCCCCAGUGCUUGGUAUAUAUGCAUUCACAUCAUUCCUUUUAGGUGCAGUCCCCCCGUAAACAGAGAAAUAUGUAGUUGACGGUAACGGUUGGAAAUGUUUAGCAUAUGAUUGGCAAAUUAUCACACUGUCUGUCAGCUGAUUCUACCGGCAGUAGUUGCUACAAUUCAUUCUUGAAGUUCAGUUGUACUUAGAUAAAGUACUUUCUGCCAUUGGCGUUCAUUUCGUUCCAUCUGUGAAGAACUGCAUGGAGCUGAUGCAUUUGCUAUGCGUUCUUUUUCUGCGCCAACAGCAAUCCCAAGCUCAUGCUUACCCCAAUAUCAAGUUCAAAAUAGUUUUUCUCAACAAAACCAAGCCUUUUUAAACUCUAUGGCUCAACCGACAUUUAGCUUAAUGCCAGCGGUUUCUUACUCUACCAUUCCACUAGGCACAUCCCCAACAUCGACAAAUGCUAUGCUUGGAUCUAAUAUGAUACAGUCACAACAACCUGUAAUAUUUUCAGCGGCUCCAGGAAACUAUUUCCUUGCUCAGUCUGCUCCGCUUGGUGCUCCAGUUGUAGGCGCUCCAUCAUUUGUUUUCGCUCCAGGUCAACCAAAUCAGAAUGCUUUUGUAGUUGCUCACCCACUAUCCCAAGCACCAAUUGCAGGGCAUAUGGCUGCUCAUCCAAAUCCAGCAAACUGUGUUAUCCGUCUACCCGAUGGCCGAUUUGUUUUACCUGCUACUGCUCCUAAUAACUUAAAUUUACAACCAUCAUUAACUCGUAUUUGUGGCCCCCAGUCCAACUACUUCCCUGUAAGUGUAUCCGCGCCUACUAGUGUAAAUUCAUCGACGAUAUCUUCACUGAAUCCUCAAGUCGCUCAACCUCCAGGUCAAGCAUUCUAUAUUCAUAUGCCAACUAGCUGUGUAAGUGUUGGUAAUACAGUCUUCACUACCUCCCAACCGAAUUGUGGUGCUAAUUUUCAAACUCAACCAAUGUCAACAAUGAAACCAGGAUGUCAAGUUUCUUUUCCUAACUCACAAAUGAAUACCUUAUGCGGUCAAUCAUCCGGUACCUUGCUGACAACUGUUCCUGGAUCAAAUCAACAACCUCAACUGGGCACCAGACCACUUGCUACUAACAUGAAUACUGUUGGUUCUAGUUUAAUGAAUAGACCUGGAUUGAUUUUCCCCACCGGCUGUAAUCCUACCACUCCAGUAAUGGAUGCAUAUGCUGCACAAAAUCAACAGAAACUCGCUGUCUGCACAAAUCCAUCACAGUUUACAAGUCUUCAAGCUUUGCCCAGUGGAAUGGCUGUUGCUCGCUUACCAAAUGGAACCUAUGCUACAGUAUCUCUUAGUUCUGCUGGAAUGUCAGGAUCAACACCGAUUUUUGUAAACAAUACUCCUAUUCCAUCCACCUUAGCAAAUCCUGUCGAUACAUCAAAUAUUCCCCGGCGUAAUACUCCUACAUCUCGUUCAAAACAAAAAAUAAAUAACACUCCACCCGCCGAUACAGAUGUCCUACGUCGUUUAGAUGAUCAAAUCACUGCAUUACAGCGUCUACCUGCUCCUACAGAAAUGCAGCUCAAUAGAUUAAAGCAACUUGUUGAAGUUAGGCAGCAGUUAACAAAAGUAUCUAAUAUGUCUUCUGCUAACUCAUCAAAUAUCUUGGCGCCGCGUAGCUCAACAACAUCUAGUACUGCUACAAAUACUGCUCCUCGUCAAAAUUCAAGCUCCACUUCUGUUCAGUUGACACCGACUGUGCGUCGAGAAGUCCUGGAUUUACUCACACAAUAUAAUUUGGUACCGCGACCUCCUGUGGCUAACAAUAAUGAAGAAACCUUCAUAGUAGAAUUUCGACUGAAUCAACAAAGAUAUCAGCUUAGGCUUACUCGUGCACAAAAAGCUGAUAUGGAACGUUUACUUUUCAAUAUUACAUCACAACGACAAGCUGAAGUUUUAACGUUUUUCCAACAAGAACAAAGUCGUUUGCUUGCAUCAACACCAAGAGCUAGAUUACCGCCUCCUCCUGUUAGUCAGAGUAGUAAUACAACAGCAGCUGUGGCUUCACCUCCAACAGUUGGGUUCGGUAUUGCUUCUCAAGCUUUGAGAUUACCAACCGGAAUUCAAACAUUUGCAGCAGCUCCUUCCCUGCCAAUGCCUACUUUUCCAGGUGCAUCUGGCUUAAGACUUGUUGCAGCACGUCCUGUUGUACCGCCAAAUGCUAUACCAGGGUCUGCUGUUCGGCCAAGUGUCCCUCCAAUAUGCUCUUCAACACCCGUCAUGGGAGUUGUUGCAGCUUUAGCUGUACCACCUCCUAUGGGAACCUGUGUCAGCAGUUCAAUGUUCGCACCGGCAUUGGCAUUAAACUCCACAGCAUUAAGUAUUCCUACAGUUUCAUCUAGUCUUUCAAUGCCUUCAACAGUUAUGUCUAAUACAAAUGUUACUAGUGGACUAAUUACAGCAAUACCUGUAACUUCCUUCAAUUCAAGUGUAAGUGGAGCACAGAAUUUUGUCCUAUCAACCAAUUCUGUUGCAGUCAAUUCUACAUCCAGUAGUACAAUGUUAACUCCAGAUACAAAUGGAUUUGCUAUACAAUCUCUACCGCAAUCAACCUCUUUCACUUUAUCAUCUGAUUCUAGUAAUUUUGUUAACUCAAUUCGACCAGUUGCUUUAAAUCUUCAACAGGCUGCCAGGAUCGGUCGGUUACGUGCAUAUCUAACCAAUGAUCUUAAAUUGGCAGUUGAAAAACCACCAGUAUUGUCUACCAGUGAUACACCAAAAUUGCCUAGUCCUGUAGAAUUAUUGGAGGCACUAGCACCUUAUCAUGUCCUCAAUGAUGCCGAUAACACUGAAGAAGCUCUUAACAAAGUCGACAAAAUACUGGAGAAAUCUUUUAAUCUACUUUUAGAAAAAAAGAAAGAGACAAUCGAAACUGUAAAUUCACUGCUUUUCAGAGAAUCUCUGCAAAAACUAGAACCUUUUUUGGAAGAUCGCCUAUUACUGGCUAAUAUGGCAUUGGAUUUAGAACGGGAUAUUUUCACUGCUGAAAAAGAGAUAUUCACAGAAGUAACUAAACACGACAAAGAGGAGGUAUCCAGUAAUAAUUGUAAUCCUGCUGUAAAUCCUAUCGAAUCUUCUAAACAAGAAGAGUCAACAAUGAGUAGUAAAUCAACUGAUCACGAUGAUAUGAUGAAUAGAAAAAGGCAUAGCAAUAAAUUAACUCCAAUUUUAAAACAUUCAACAUCGUUACUUCCUUCACCAUGGUGUAAACUUUUAGGUCCACUUGCCUACCUUCAUCCUUUAACCUUUGAUGUGAAUGGUAAAGCAAGUGUUGCAGAGAUUCAAUUGCCUGUAGAAGAACCAGAGUGUAUAUCACUCGACGACGAUGAUGAUGAGGAUGUUGAUGUCGAUACAAAAAAUCGAUCACAGUCUUUUGUUAAUUCCUCUACUGCUGGUGGUGACUCAUCAACAUUUCAAUCAAACACUAUGAUCCAAUCAUCCCAUAGUGAAAACAAUAACAACACAAUUGUGUCUACUAGAAAUAAUAAUAAUGAUGAUGAUGAUGAAGAAAUCAAUGAUGAGUCUUCAGAUGAAGCUGAAGCCGAUCGUCUACUUGGUCUUGGAAUCCCUGUGGUGAAUAGAUCAAAAAUGGAUAAAAAUUCUACAAAUGGAUUACUACUUGAUGAAGACAAUAGACCUAUAGAGGGUGGUAUUAUUAAAAAAUGUGAAGAAUUCGAUGAGGCUUAUGAUUUUUGGCAGGAGUUAAUGCAUGAAAGAGAUAUGCAUAUUGAAGAUAUGAAUACUAGCCUCUUAGAAAAUACUUUCAAUGAUGAAUCUAAUUCUAUGGAUGAACCGCCAAAUAAAUCUCUACGUUUAUUAGAUAAUGGUCAAUCGCAUAGUGUUUCAACAGUUCAACACUCUGAAGAUCCAGAUAUUGAUGCAGCAAUCAGAAGUAUCUUAUCAACUAGUGAUUGAUACCCGCCGUCAUCAUCAUCAUUAUAUGAUACUACUGAUAAUAUUAAUGAUAAUAACAAUCCUCAGAAUACUUUCUUUUCCUUGUACAUUUUGUUAAUAUUUUGAUUUGAGUUCAUUGAAAUUGUUCAAAUAAUAUUUUAUGACUUUUAAUUCUAACAUCUAAACAAUCUUUCAACUUUUUGUACAUUAUUGUAUCUUACUUAUCUUUUAAGCCCCAAAGUUUAUGGAUUUCAUUUCUCAAAAGGUUAACUAUGUUUCAAAAACAGGUUUCUGUGAAACUGUUUAUUCUCCUUUAUCAUCAUGAAUAUAUAUAUAUGUAUGUAUCUUUCCGAUAUAUGGUUAACUUUCCCAGUAUUUGAUUCCUAUAAUAUAUAUAUGUAUACAUGAUAUUAUUUUUUAGAGUGCCUUUCUCUUCUGGUUCAAUUGUCUAUGUUGUUUUGUUUUGUUCUGUCUGCCCUCUCUUCGCCUGUUUCUAUAAUCCUUUGUUGAGCAUAUAUAUAUAUACACUACAAGUAAACAUAUCGUUCACUGUUUGCUGACACAAGUGAUAAAGCGAAAGAAGAAGCCGCGCCGCGCAAACCACGUGUUAGGCAUCUUUCUUCUCAUGUUACACAAUCACACUUAUUAUUAUUAUUGUUGUUAUUGUUGUUAUUACUAUUAUUAUUAUUAUUAUUCUAAAACUCCUGUAUAAAAUAACACAAUCAUUUAAUCUCACAAUCCAUUGCUAAAGCCAAUCAGUCAGUCAGCCAGCCAACAAGCUAACUGUAAUAUGCUUCAAUUGUGUUAUUGUACAGUAUUGAAUUAUUUUUUACGUAAAUGCGCGUUCAUGUUUGUUUGUGAGUCUGAUGUGCAUAUCUCCUUUUCCUUGUUUUGUGUUCCUGUACAUGUGUACUUACUUGUGUGUGUGUGUGGGUGUAUGUAUGUGCGCGCACACGACAUUGUUUUCCCUUUUUGUUUCCUUUCUCUCUUUAUUCUUCUUAUCAUCAACAAGUUUAAAAUCUUGACUGUUGAAAAGGAAAAAACUGCUUUUCUUUCUCUUUUUUCUUAUCCAUUUUGCUAGUUUGAAGAUAUAUAUAUAUAUUUACAUUAAUAUUAAUAAUAUAUAAAAUUAAUCUAUGAAUAA